GGCUAUGGCUUCGUCGCGUGCAUUGUGUUGUUUUGUUGCUGCUCCCCGGCUGCUCCAGCAGCGCUAUGGACAGGCUGCAUGUUGGCUUUGUUAGGGCACUGCACCAUCGCCGUCAUCUCGCUGUUUAGUCCUCUCCUCCUCGGUUACUCUUCUCUUCUUCUCUUCAAUCGCCUGUCGACUUUUCCAUCGGCUUGUAGCCAUGUCUUUUCGCGGCGAUGCCGACAAUGGUAAAACUCCAGAUAAGAUGGCAGCAUUCUCUGUGGUUAGGAAGAAGACACCAUUCCAAAAACAUAGAGAAGAGGAAGACGCUAAAAAGAAGCGAGCUGAUGAAGAAGCCGCACGGCUAUAUGAGGAAUUUGUGGAGUCGUUUAAAGCAGAUAGUGUACCUGGCGGAAAAGCGUUUGUUCGGGGCGGGACCAUUAACCCUGAUGCCAAACUACCCAGCUCUGAAUCUACGUCUCCAAGGGCGUCUUUCAAACAAGAACCUUUAUCUUCAACACCUGCAUCUUCCAAGAAGCCUGGCAGCAGAUAUGUUCCUUCGUUCAUUCCUCCUGGAUUAGCGGCGAUGGUGAAUAAAGAGAAAGAGCCUGAGAAAAGGAGGGAUGAAGAGCGUUCCAAAGACAGAGAUAGAGGGAAAUCUCGAAAUAUUGAUCAUUUUAUGGAAGAACUAAAACGUGAGCAAGAAGCUCGGGAUAAGCGGACUGCAGAGCGUGAGAAUCGCCGAAAUGACAGGAGGUCGCUGAACUCUGGAAUGCAGUCUGAUCAAAUGAUGAUGGGACCAGAUGAAUCUGGUGACUUGGAUGAUAAGCUUGGAUCUUUUGAUGAGGGCGAUCCACAGACUACCAACUUAUAUGUGGGCAAUUUGGCGCCUCAGGUUGAUGAGAACUUUCUGUUGAGAACUUUUGGGCGAUUUGGGCCUAUUGCCAGUGUAAAAAUUAUGUGGCCGAGGACAGAUGAAGAGCGCAGGCGGCAGCGAAAUUGUGGUUUUGUUGCGUUCAUGAACCGCAACGAAGCGCAAGCAGCCAAAGAUGAGAUGCAAGGGAUAAUUGUGUAUGAGUAUGAGUUGAGGAUUGGUUGGGGAAAAUCUGUGUCGCUUCCUGCGCAAGCACUUCCUGCUCCUCCGCCUGGUCAAAUGGCUGUUCGAGCUAAGGAGGGCGCCACAGCAUCGACAGUUGCCUGGUCAGGACCGGGCGGUCCGUCUAUUUCAUCUGUCUCUGGCCAGAAUGCGGAAUUGGUUGUGACACCUAACGUGCCAGAUAUCCAAGUGUUGCCACCAGAGGAUCCACAUCUUCGUCAUGUCAUAGAUACAACUGCUAUGUACGUCCUUGAUGAUGGCUGUGCGUUUGAGCAAGCUAUCAUGGAAAGGGGCCGAGGCAAACCUUUGUUCAGCUUCCUAUUCGAUCUAGCAUCAAGUGAACACACAUACUACAUAUGGCGGCUCUAUUCUUUUGCUCAGGGAGAUACGCUUCAAAGAUGGCGGACAGAGCCUUUCAUCAUGAUAACUGGGAGUGGGCGAUGGAUACCUCCACCUUUGCCAAUUCAGGAUUAUAACAAAAGCCCUAAGCGUGAGAAUAUUACGGCCACCACCUUUGCUGCCGGAAGAGGUCGAAGAAUGGACCAGGAACGAGCAUUAACUGAUAGCCAGCGCGAUGAAUUUGAGGACAUGUUGCGGGCAUUGACACUAGAAAGAAGCCAAAUUCGAGAAGCUAUGGGUUUUGCGCUUGACAAUGCAGAAGCUGCUGGAGAGGUUGUGGAGGUGUUAACUGAGUCAUUGACUUUGAAAGAGACUCCUAUUCCAAGCAAAGUGGCCCGUCUCAUGCUCGUGUCCGAUGUUCUACACAACAGCAGUGCUCCCGUGAAAAACGCAUCUGCAUAUCGUACUUUAUUUGAGUCCCGACUCCCAGACAUAAUGGAGAGUUUCAAUGAUCUCUAUCGGAACAUUACCGGACGAAUUACAGCAGAAGCUUUGAAGGAGCGGGUAUUGAAAGUUCUUCAAGUUUGGGCAGACUGGUUCUUGUUUUCAGAUUCUUUUGUUACUGGCUUGCGUGCAACAUUCUUGCGACCAGGAAACUCAGGAGUGCCCCCUUUUCACACUCUUUAUGGGGAUAACUAUCCUGUGAAAGAGAAUGAGGUCGGAGCAGAUACGAGUGACGCAAGUAGUUAUUUCCCUGAAGGAUCUGAUCUAGUUGCAGACCAAGAUGCAGCUCUUGCAAUGGGAGAGGGUGCUGCAGCUCGUGAACUCGCAAAUCUACCUCAGGCUGAACUAGAACGGCGAUGUAAACACAACGGUCUCUCAAUACGAGGGGGUAAAGAGGUCAUGGUAGCUCGUUUGCUUAGCCUAGAAGAGGCUGAGAAGCAAAAGCAUCAGGAACAAGAAGAGGAGAUUAUAGCCGCUCAAAGUUACUUGAAACCAAAUAUAUCAACAGCGAAGGAAGGCAGUGAUAUUGGAAUAAGAGUACGUGGUGAGGAGGCGAGGGGGGCAUGGACCGAGCUUGGGAGUGGAUGGCGUGAGGUUAGCCGAUUUGAGAGGCUGUUACAAAAUGCCACUGAUACUGCUGAUCACAGCAGAGGUUCAGGUUAUCAGAGCUCAGCUGCACAACCUAGGUCCGGGUACUCUGAAGGAGAAGAUGUGAGAUCGAAGGAUGUAAGCAGGCAUGCUGGAGCUGUACUCAGUGCAGGAGUGUCUUCAACAUUGACCAUCCCCAUGCCUGGCUUGAAAUUUUUUGGGGAGAAGUCGGAAAAGGCUGAACCGGUGCUUCCAGCAUCCAAGUGGACACGGGAGGAUGCAAACAGUGACAAUGAAAAUGAAGUUGACAAGGGUUUGGGCUUAGGUUACUCCACAGAUGGGAGUGAUGACUUACCCAAGGUUGAUACGAAAGGGGACAAACAGGAGUAUGCUGUUGCAGACAGCAGUAUGGACGAAGAAAGACGGCAAAAGCUGCGGAAACUGGAAGUGGCUGUAAUUGAGUACCGAGAGUCUCUGGAAGAACGAGGAAUCAAGAAUCAUGAGGAAAUCGAUAAGAGGGUUGCUCUUCAAAGGAAGAAGUUGGAAGCAGAAUGUGGCCUUGUGGACGCUAGUGCCCUACCUGGUCGGGAUAGAGAUACUAAAGGACCCGAUUCAGGGUUGGAUCGUGGCAAUUCUGGGGCAUCAGAAAAAACAUCAGGAGAUAGGAAGGAGAAGCGAGAUGAAAGACGAGACGAUAGAAAAGAUUCGAGAGACUCUAGAUCCUCUAGGAAACGAACAAGGACUCGCAGCCGCAGCCGCAGCCGAAGUUUGCCAAGGGUUAAAGAAAGAGUGUCCCGAGAUCGAGAGCGCGAUCGGGAGCGAGAGCGGGAUAGUGACAGUGACAGAGGGCGAGAUAGAGAAGACCGAGAGAGAGAUAGAUACAGCAGUAAAGAUAAAGAAGAUAGAGAUAGAAGGAAGGACAGAGACCGUGACAGAAGUGGUAGGGAAAGAGAUCGAGUGGACAGAGAGAGAGAUAAGCGAGGACGUCACACUUAGAUUUUGAGUGCAUUGGAAAAACUGUUACCCCACCUAUCAGUAGUGGGAAACACAGCUUCUCUCAUGCAUGCUGUAAAGUCCUGAUGAUCUAGUUCAGAAUUGUAGAAUUUGUGGAAGAUGGCAUUGUUAUACAGAAUCUACUUUCAGGUCCAGCAGUGUCUGGUUUUGACACUUCUGUGUUCUAGUAAUUGUCUUGAACAUCAGAAUUGGUGCUUAAGUUGCAGUUAUAUUUUGUACGUAA